UAAACCCUAAAUCCCUCCAACACAUGCGCGUAUACAACAGAGCUCAUGCCGAUCUCUCAUGUCUCACGUGGGAGUUGCUUACCGGUAGGGUGGGGGUUGGGUAAAAGAUACACUGUUGUUGAUGUCAAGUCGAUCCACGCCACGCACUUCCUUGGUUCCUCUUGUUUGUGGCUCUUGCUUGGGCGGGCGGAGCCACCGUCUUGGCUGUUUGUGUUGGGCACUUCUAGCGGCUAGCUAGUGUGUUGAUGUGUUGAUCGAUCGGAUCCAGGAGACACCUAUCGUACUUCAGAGACAACACUGUCUAGCUAUAGUUCAGAAGGGUAGGGUAUCCACAGCAACAAUUAUAGUCAAUUUUCAAAAGAUGAACAGAAGAAAUCUCCAAAAGCCAAGAGCAAGAGUUGCUUCCAUGCGGACGACGAUUCUGUGCUGGAUUCUUUGUGUCUCUGUCGUCUCAGCAGAUCAACAUCGAUAUCGUUCCCCUCAUCCUUUGUUAGUACAAGUAAGAGGAGGAGACAGCAACAACAAUAAUGAACCAUACGAGUUGAAUCCCAAUUGGCAGAAUUAUCCUUCCGUCACCACCACUGCUCGAUAUUCGCCACAAGAAGACAGCGGAGGAUACUACUACCCUAGCAGUGGCAGCAGUAGCCAACAACCGACGCCCACGCUGCUGCAAGAUAUUGAUGACACAUACCAUCCAUCCACUGCUUCUUCUGCUUCUUCUUUUAGUUCCUCCCAAGCACUCCUCCAACUCCCCCAACUCAACAACUUGUUCAAGUAUGACGGCAGCAGUUUUCAAGCCAUUGUGGAGAAACUGAAACGACAAUUGCGCACUCUUCAAAAAGCGCAUCCCGACUUGUUUGCCGUUUCCACGGCUUCCAUCGUCGUGUUUGUAAUGUGGCAACUCCCACCGUUUCACGACCUCCUACAGACACAUUUUGUCUGUCGGAAACGACUCCUACAGGCAGGACGGCUUCACGUCUUGUGGUUGUCGGGCAUUUCCCACGUGUCGCUCCUCGGAUUGAUGUUCAAUGUCUACUCGCUCUGGUCUCUGGGGCCAGCCGUCAAGGAAAUACUACAACCAUCCAAACGAUUUUUGUUAUGGCCAUUUCUGCUGGGAGCCGCGGGGACGGCGUCGCUCAUUCACGCCGUUGCGAGCAGUCGCGAUGGAAGUCUGGGGCUGGCACCCGUCAAUGCGGCCUUGUUGGCCGUCCUCGCACGACGGUAUCCCCACCGGGAGAUUCGGAUGCGGUUGUUUGGUAUUGUGCCCAUUCAAUUGUCGGGGCAUUUGCUGCUCCGAAUUUUGCUCAUUUGGAGUGCCUUGGGAUCUCUCGUGUCGUCGUCCGGCAAUACGGCGCAUGUGGCACAUAUGGCGGGAUUGUUGUUUGGCAUGGCCUAUUUCGAACUCUGGCAACGACGACGACAACAACAACAACAACAGCGACGUCCCUUUUUCUAGUCUCUUCAGGACAGUGCCGAUCUUUAUAGAUUUGUACAUAAGCCAUGACAAUAAGCGAAUGAGUCGAGUCUACACAAAGAGGGCAAAAAUCUGCGACGGAAUCGGUGCAUGCUUACUUACGCCCAUGCUAGCAAAUCCCACCUUUCUCCUUUUAAAAUUCUUUGCCUGUGUGUCUCUUGAUGGAUUCGAUUCAACGAACCUCUUGAAGAUGGAUGCGAACGCGGGGCAAAAGCAAGGAUGCAGUUUUCUGGUCUUCCACGCACUGUCGUCACCAUUUCUUGUUUGCCACUGUCGAUCCUUACUGCUGUCUUGGUCAUAAUGUAUAGUGUGCCUUGGUUGGCAUGGGAUGGCACUGGAUUUCUCCAGCCCCUUCAGAGCAAUGCACUACCAAUGUUUCAUGGUUGGUGAAUAUUUAGUUAGUUAGUUAGUUAACUGGCAAUCAAAUCAUAGUAAUUAUGUCAUGCCUUUUGGGCAAUUCUCACAAGUACAGCCGCAUAGAUUAGUGUCGUAGCAGACUGAAAGGUUGGUCGUUG